AUGAAUCCGCUCGUCGCCCUCGCGGCACUCCUCGUCGCCGCUGCUACCGUAUGUCUUGCGGAAGUCACCCUUCGUCCCAGCCGAGCUCUCUCGACUCGUGUCGCUGUCAACAACAUCCGGGACAGCCGUGCCUUUGCCGCCGUCGAUGAAGACGUUCAGCUUUUAGACAUUGUGCUUGUUGCAUCGGUCGACGGCAAGCUCCAUGCGCUCAACAGGACAUCGGGAGCGUACCUCUGGUCCAUGGCGUCCGCCGGCUCCACUCCCUCCGCCUUCGGUCCUCUCAUCAGCAGCGAACCUCCGGAGUGGGAUCCCGACCUCACCGACGAUGACGAUGCCCGCAGAGAGACAUAUGUGAUCGAGCCCCAGUCAGGCGACAUCUAUGUCAUGUCCUCCCCCACUAGCCCCCUCCAGCGCCUUCCCUUCUCCAUGUCUCAACUCGUCGAUAUGUCCCCAUUCCGGUUCACUGGAGACGACGGCAAUAGGGUUUUCGUCGGGAGGAAGGAGACAUCUCUGCUUGUGAUGGGAUUGGAAACCGGGAAGGUCAAAGCCACCAUGGACUCCAACUGUCCGUGGCAGCCUUUCGAGGACCCAGUGGAGGACGAGGACAUCGACUUGGAUGAGCUGGAGGGGUCUAAACCUCCGAAGAGCACCUCUCCGGUCAGAGACAUCCAUAUCGGUCGCACAGACUACUACCUUACCAUCCGCACCGACCCAAAGUCUCCCGGCGGGCGCCCUCACAUCCAGAAACUUUCGUUCUCAACGUACGGCCCCAAUAACCAGGACAAUACCCUUCAAAGCCUAUAUCAGCAUACCGCCGACAAUACCUACAUUCAGUCACUUCCCACGGGCAAGAUAAUUUCGUUCAGGGCAGCAGGUCCAGACUCCUCGGAAACCUCUACCAACGCCCAUCCCCUUUGGUUUCAACAGUUCUCUAAUCCUAUCAUUGCCACCUUCGAUGUCCUGCACUCUUCCAAACGCGAGCAACCGUUCGUACUUCUGCAACCCCAGCCCCGGCUCGAAGACCUUCUCCCUUCAGACGACCUAGUAUUCGCUGCCAGGCACAAGAUGCUACCGAACCUCGACGCAGCAUAUGUCGGUCUUCUCGAAGAAUCAGGCUCUCUCUUCGCCAUGAGCCCUGAUCGUUUCCCCCUGGUCGUGUUCAGUGACUCGAGUCAAGACAAGCUGCAGCGUAUACCCUCUAUCGACGCGCCCCCUCGUCAAGUGUUCCACGAAGGCGACGACGCUGUUCCCCCAGACCUCGAGACGAUCAAGAAACGGGCUAAGCAACAGAAGUUGUGGGAAGAGUGCCGGAAUGGUUCCAUGGACAUUCGCUGUCUGACCGGGAUCAAGAAGCUUGGCGCGGAUAGUCAGUCUCGACUGAGUCGGCUGCUGGAAGCCGUCCCACUCAAACAGAACGACUCCGACAGAAGAGAGGAUCCCGUCGACGUGGAAGUCAUCGAACCUGUUCCUCGUCAACCAGGCUGGUCCAACGGCUCAGAGUCAUCUCCCCCAGAGGAUGUCACGUCAAGGAGGCUUCCUGGUAUGAGCAAGCACACUCAGGCUCUUUCUGCAUUUGCCCUCUGCGCCAUUAUCCUCCUUGUAUGGGUAUCGGUACGCAAGUUCUUCUCCCCCGUCGGCCAGCCACUGUCCCCACCAGUCUCUGUUCCCACCGCUCCGGAGGUCUCAGACGAAACCACGAAGCCCGUGGCGGAGCUGGGACUUGCGACACCCUCGGAAAAGGCCAACGGAAACCUCGAACCAGCGCUAUCCUCUGACGAUGCGCUGACAUCGUCGCCCGAGCUGACCCCGGCGAAGAGGGUCCUUUUCGUACCGGACGCUCUAGCUCCCGUGGAGGGUGCUAUAUCCGAUGUUGCCGAGGGUGAGGACUCCGAGAAGGAGGGCGAUGGGACAGACACACCUGGCAAGCGGAAGGGCAUCCGGAGGAAGCGCGGGAAGAAGAAGAAAGGCGCCGUCGCGAUCGUCAUCCCUGCUGAGGACGUAGAGCAUUCAGAACCCACGGCAACGCCCGAUAGCCCGCUUGAACCUGUCAAGAACGUGGUAUCGUCAAUUUUGCUCACGACGUCGACGCCCCCUGUUCAGGCGGAGCCAACGUUGGUCGUUUCGGAUUCGGUACUAGGGAUGGGAUCGCACGGAACCGUCGUCUUCAAGGGUUCAUUGCAAGGCCGCGCCGUUGCUGUCAAGCGCAUGCUCGCCGACUUUGUCACACUUGCCUCGCGCGAAGUCAACAUACUCCAGGAAUCGGACGACCACCCGAACGUGAUCCGAUACUACUACCAAGAGGCGCAUGCCAACUUCCUCUACAUCGCGCUCGAGCUCUGCCCCGCCUCGCUCGCCGACCUCAUCGAGCGUCCGGAUGCGCAUCGUGACAUUGCCGUCGCCUUCGAUCCCAAGCGCGCUCUGCGCCAGAUCACCCUCGGACUGCGUCACUUGCACGCCCUCAAGAUCGUCCACCGCGACAUCAAGCCUCAGAACAUCCUUGUGUCGGCCGCCAAGCCAGGACGAGGGGAGAACGCGGGACACAGGAUGCUUAUCUCCGACUUUGGGCUUUGCAAGAAGCUCGAGAUGGACCAGACGAGCUUCCUUCCGACUGCGCACGGAGCCGUGGCCGCCGGCACCGUCGGCUGGCGCGCACCAGAGAUCCUGCGUGGAGAAGUUAAGCUGGACGACGCGGGCGACGAGUCCCAAUCCUCGCGUGGAAGCGUCGGUGGCUCGAGCGGAGGCUCGACAGGGACCCCAUCGGGCAAGCCAACACGGCUGACGAAGUCGGUCGACAUUUUCGCGCUUGGGUGCCUGUACUACUACGUCCUCACGAACGGGUGUCAUCCGUUCGGGGACCGCUUCGAGCGCGAGUUCAAUAUCCUCAAGAACUCGAAGUGUCUCGACGGCCUAGAGCGGCUCGGGGAGGAGGGUGUGGAGGGUGUGGAUCUCAUCACGCGGAUGCUGAACCCGGAAGCGUACGAGAGACCAGACACGAGUACGUGUCUGACUCAUCCGUACUAUUGGGAUCAAGGCAGGCGGCUGGCAUUCCUCGGUGACGCUUCCGACCGGUUCGAGGUCAUGGUCCGUGAUCCCAAGGACGCACACCUACUCGCCCUGGAGCGCGGCGCCAUCAAUAUCGUCGGUCCGGACUGGCACGCGCGCCUUGACAAGCUGUUCAUUGAGAACCUGGGCAAGUUCCGCAAGUAUGACGGCGCGUCGGUACAAGACCUGCUGCGCGCGCUGAGGAACAAGAAAAACCACUACCAGGACCUCCCGGACAAUGUGAAGCGCCUGCUCGGAUCGAUGCCGGAGGGCUUCUUGGGAUACUUCACCAAGCGGUUCCCGAAGCUCUUCCUCCACGUUCAUGGUGUGAUCGGUGACUCGAUACUUCGUACAGAAUCCAUGUUCCGCUCAUACUACGAACUCCGAGAUUGA